ACAGAUUUCAACAUUUUAGGAGUUGCUACAACCUCUAUACCUUUCAAAGUAGCUAGCUCUUGAUUCUUGUAUCUGCUUCAAGUUAUGGCUAAAGUUCAUGCCACCGUAGUAUUUCCACUGUUGGUGAUUUCCUUGAUUAGCUACCACAAUUUCCAGGUAAAGGCUCGUCAUCUCCUGGAGACGACGUUGCCUGAGGUGCCUGAGCUUCCUAAGCCUGAAUUGCCUCAACUGCCACUACUGCCUAAGGUUGAGCUUCCACCAUUACCUGAAUUCCCAACCUUGCCAAAACCUGAAUUGCCUGAUUUGCCAAAGCCUGAACUGCCACCUUUUCCUCAUCUGCCUGAUGAGCUUCUCAAGCCCACUUUGCCUACCAUACCCAAUCUUCCCAAGGACAUCAAACCACCUCAAUCAACUUCUAGUCCUUAAAAUGAAUUCAAAUUGUGCUGCUUGAAGGCUUGAUUUGUGUAUUAUAUGCAUGUUGUUUUCAAUUUCUUGAGUGUUGGUUCUGUUGAAGUCUGUAUUUUUCUAUUAGUUGGAGUGUUGUUUCUGAGAGUGGUGUAGGGCUACUUGUAUUUUCUACUAUUUUUUAUUCUGAAAUAAUAUAUUAAAAAUAAAUUCACAUAUUUAAUGAUUA